AUGAGCCAGACUGUCAUGCACUCUACCGGAGAAUCCUGGAAGGAACUCGCCAACAAGAAACAUGGCCUGAAAGCUGGAGACACCGUGAAAACGAUGAUUGCUCGAAUGAACGAGAUCUUACCGUUUGCAACCGCAAGAGGUAUAUUCGACAAUGGAUGCGGCACCGGCACCAUCAUAUCGCAUAUCCUUGAUACUUUCGGCGGCGAGAUACCUGAUUCGGCUAGAAUUAUUGCUGCGGAUUUCAGUGUGCAUAUGCUUAAGGUGUUAGGUGAGACAAAGAAGACCAGAGUCUCGAUGGGGAACAAAGCGUGGGACCGGCUGGAGCUUCUCAACCUCGAUGCCCACGACCUGUCAAAAAUUCCUGAAAGCUCGAUAUCCCAUGUCACCGGUGGACAUCUCUAUUUCUUGCUUUCGGAUGCUCGUAAGGCGCUGUCGGAGACCCAACGAAUUUUAGGGCUGGGCGGUGUGCUAGCACUCUCGAGUGGCAAGGGCAGCCAACACUUGGACGCGCUGCAGGAUGCGGUUGAACACAUCAGACCAGGAACGCAUUUGAGACUCACUCGCGAGCCUUGGGCCUCGGAAGAGGGCGUUAGAAAGGAAUUAGAGGAUACUGGUUUUGUGGAUGUUGAGACUUUUUUGAUCGAGUCGGAGAUCCAGUACAAGGACCACCGUGAUUUCGCGGACACGUUGUUGCUUAUGCCGGUCAUGAAAAAUGCUACUGAGGGCUAUGGCGAAGAUGAGAGGAAGCGCUUGCUCGACCAGGUGGUUGAGAAUCUGCGCGGCAUGAAUCCCGCUGCCCCAGGAACGCUCAAGGGUACGGGGAUCAUUGCACUCGCACGCAAGAUUUAA